GUUCCGGCAACUUGAAAAAUCCUGGAAGCAGCCGUUUUGGGCUCUUGGGAGCCAAGUUUUUCUUGUUUAAAGGCCAAUUAUAUCCGAUCGCUCAGUUGCGAGAGGGGAAGGAGAAGGUAGCCUUGCAAGACCUUGUGAACUUUGAGUUCAACUGCAUGUUAUGGUUGCCUUGCUGCCGAGAGCUUUGAAAACGAACCAUGCAGCGUACCGAAGGGUUGGGUAUAUGACAGUCGUACUCUCUGCUCUCUGCAACUAGCCCUUGAAGUUCCAAUCUUAGUUGUUACGCAUCCAAGAUGAAGGUUCCACCAGAUAUAGAGAAAGCCCGUCGGGAUGUUCAAGGAAAUGCUGUGCCUAAAGAACAGAAGUCUCACUAUCCGGCGAUCCAUCCACUUGACAUUACUCAUCACGGCUCUACAAGCGGCAACGGCAUUGCAAAGAGCAAACGAAGAUCCUCUUACUCGUGCGGAGACCUCAAAACUAGAGAAAACAAGAAGAAGAAGAUGCAGGAAAUCCUUCAAGCCGCUUCCACCAACACACGCCGACGCAGUGGUGGUGGGAUGGAUCCAAGACGGAUGCGUUCCAAGUCACUCAUCAGUCUCCCUCAGCUCAUGGCGCAAAGCUGCGCCUGUUUUGCGCCUCUUCCUGACUAUGCCAAGUACCAAGAACGCAAAAUCCAACGUGAGUUGAGCCGUACUUGUAUUUUUACCGAUGAGCCAAGUUCACCUCUGAAGUUUGAAAGCCGAAAGUCUUCCAAGAAAGAGAUGAUCCGCAGCAAGAGCCUGAACUUGACCGACGCAAUCUCUGCAGCAACUGCGGCAACUACGUCAAGCCUCAUCCAGGAAAAGGCAGCAACGUCUGGGAGCCUUGCGGAUGGUGUUUCUGCUUCCUCUCCUCCAGCAUCUUCGUCACCUUCUAGUGUAGUCAGCGCAAAACUCGCAAAAAGUGUGAAAACUCGAAUGGUAUCCACCAUAAAGCCGCCGCAGCUCGAAUGCAUGGACGAGGACGAUACGAGCAGUACAAAUCCAUCUCCCAAAGUUCCAUCUGUUGCGACACUCGAAGGGUACGAUAUGACUGUAGUAGUCGAUGAUGAUGAUGAUGAUGAUGAUGAUGAGACUUCUGGUGGCAUGCAGAUUGAGGUGUCUCCAGGUGUGUCCACUCGCGUGAGGAGUGUGGGCGAAACAAUGACGGCUAUCCGGAACGACUUCUUUGUCCCCGUGUUUUGCCUGGGAUGUGCAUUGGAUUUGUUUUGUAUUGCUGAUGCACAGUUUGUUCUCUGCCCGGCGUGUCGUGUGGUCAGUCCUGUGGAGGCACAACUGUGUACCAGCAAAGAUGAUACAAAACCAAGGGGGUUGGGACUGGGAGUACGAUACGAAAACCUGGUUGAAAUUCAAUCUGAAAUCUUAGCAACACCGCUCUAAGCGCAAAUACUUUGGGCCCUUUCCAGUGAACUACAUGCAUUGCGUACGGUAGUACAUGUAUAGUUUUCAAAAUCCUUUAAUGAAAGCGUUUCUAGCAAAUACUUUGGGUCCUUCCAAGUGACUAUUGCUUACGUGUACAUGUACCGGUACGGUAGCUUUAAAUCCUUUACUGAGCACAUGUAAUAAAGAAGAG